UUGGAAGAAGAGAAAGUGUAUACCUAGGUACUGCCAACAAACUGAGCAAAUAAAGUGAGGCGCAAAACCAGACCAAGGAAUUAGCAUUAGGUACGUACAAGUGUGUCACGCAAUCUAGAUCUUACUAGGUCUUCGUGUUCCCAUUUCAUGAUUCACAACAAAAUCUUAUUAUCAGGUGAAUUAAAAUCUAGGUGAUCAGGUGAAUGACUAUCAUUAAUAGGUACUAUGAGGGCGCUAAUAUCCACCCGCAUCAGAAUUUUGCGCAAAAUUCUAGGGGGGUCAUAAUUUGAAGUUUUUACAAUGAAUAUGAAUAGCGAGGAACAUAGACAGGUCGAAGGAAGCUGCGACUUAUCUUGGAAAUUGCAAGGCGGAUGUUGCCGCGGACGACAUUGAGCGCCAAUCAGCCUGCUAAAUGGUCAACGCUCAUAAAUGUACAGAAUGCGCACUUGUCACUUAAUACAAGAGGAUGUUGGAUGAUUUUCUUUAAUAUUUACGGGAUAUGUACAAGAUUGUACCAGUCGACUGCAGCAAGUAGGAAUAUAAAAUAAGAAUUCAAGUCACACAAAGGUAAACAACUCGGUUUCUAUACAAAAUUUUAAAAAAUAAUGUAAGUAGAUACAUUUGAACUACGUUGUGCUGGAUACUGGGGUUUGCAAGAUGGGAUUUAUAUCAUGAUUUGAAUAUAGAUGAAAAAAUCAACAUUAUAAGUGUGUGUGAUAUCUACAAACAUAAUAAACCCCGGAGGAGGACCUCUUCGAUAUAUUUAUUAUUUUUGAAAAGUAGGCAAAGCCUCGGAAGACGGACGGGUAUAGUCGUUUAUUUACAGGGUAGUCAUAGUAACGUAGAAGAUAUUUUUAUUGAAAUAACAAGUGGAUAAUUGUGAAUAUUAUACGAUAAUUUAUAGGUUUAUUAUUGUUUACUAUCGUUAUAUUAGUUUUAGUUAUCAUGGCUUCAGUAGCGACAUCUCCGAAUCUCUCCGCGCGAAUUUUUUAUGGACUUCGAACUGAUAUUCAAUUUAACGCGCACUACCUGACGGAGUCCGAAAUCAUAUACCCAGCUGGAGGAGUCAUAGUUAUCCACAACCACCUCCAAAAGAAACAGAAAUUUAUUAGACUUCAGGAUAAACAUAAACCUAUCAAGUCUAUUGUAUUAGCGCCUAACAGACGGUGGUUAGCUUUGAAUGAAAUCGCUGAAGAAGGUCAGAAACCGAUAAUCACCAUUUACGAUUUGACAACGUACAAAAGACGUAAAAUUCUCACCGUGCCGUUCGAAAAUUCCACUGCAAAAGAGUUUGCAUGUGUGCAGUUCACUUUCGACUCCAAGUAUUUAGUGGCGAUCACCGGUGAGCCAGACUGGUGGCUGUAUUAUUAUAAUUGGGAUAAAGGAAAAGUGGAAAGUCAUGCUAAAGCUCAGAACCCCAAUGGUCAAGGCGUUGUUGAAAGUGUUCAAUGCAAUCCUUCCGACGCAACGUUGGUAGUCAUAACUGGACCUUACACAUUUCGCAUUAUGAAUGUGUCAGAAACUGUUUGGCGUCAAUGGGGGUGGUGCAAAGCAGAAAAUAUCAACAUAACCACUUGCAUGUGGCUCACUCCGGACCGGAUAAUGUUCGGCACGGACAACGGAGUGAUCAUGAUGGUGGAAAACGGUGAACUGCGACAGAACUGCAUCUUCCAAGCAGCCGAGGUCAUGGAAAUGGCCCUGAAGAAAGUCGAAACUGAGGGUGCUGGUGAAGAAGGCGAAAAAGCAAGCACGUCCAGUAAACAGGAAACAGCGGCAGAACCAACCUUCUUUACGGAAAGCUACCCGGUCACUUCAUUUGCCAAUUUUGCAAAAGGAUUUGCCUUUGGUUGUGGGCCAGGAUAUGUGCACGUGUUUGAGAAGGAGACUCCACAUCACUGGAGAAAAAGGAACGUUUUUAGAAUAUCCAAAAAAUCUUACAAGCAUACACGAGAAUAUCCGACUUGGUCACCUUUAGAUGCCGUACAACAUAUUACGAUCGACCCUAAUCAAGAAACCCUGCUAAUCACAACUUUAAGGAAACAGUUGUACUAUGUGAAGAUAUUUGCUCAACAUAUGCUUCAGAACCCAGAAAUAGCAUUCUCGGAACUGGGGCCUGCGAUGCACUUCGGCCGCAUCAAUGCAUUAUCGACGUGCGCUUGGAAGCCCAUCUUCAUGACGGCCGGCGAGCAAGAUAAGAGUAUUCGAAUCUGGAACUACAUGACCGACGACGUCGAGAUGAUUAAGUUGUACCAGGAGGAAAUACAUUGCGUCUCCUUGCAUCCCACUGGAUUAUUCGCAAUCGUGGGGUUUUCCGAUAAGCUGAGAUUCAUGGUGGUGCUGAUAGAUGACUUCGAGGUGAUGCGGGAGUUCCCCAUCAGAAACUGUGACAAGGCUAAGUUCAGCACCAACGGACAUCUGUUUGCAGCUGUAAACGGACAAGUGAUACAAGUGUUCUCGUCUGUUAGCUUCCAGAAUGUUUACAAUCUCAAAGGGCAUAAUGGAAAGAUAACGUGUUUGGCGUGGUCUGCGAAUGACCUGACACUGGUGUCCUGCGGCACAGAGGGCGCGGUGUACGAGUGGGGUAUGUCGACCGGACAGCGCGUCGGCGAAGUCAUACUCAAAACUAACCAGUUCAAAGCUUGCGCCGUCAACAGCUUUGGAAAAACGACAUACGCUGUUGGUAGCGAUGGCGAAAUCAAAGAGAUUGGCUCCAAUACAAUCAGAAGGAAUUUGGGUCUGAUCGGUUGCAGUUUAGAUACUAUAUUGUUGUCCCGCUCAGACAUGAUGCUCUUUAUUACCGGUGGCGAAGGAGGCAUAACAUCCGUCCAGCUGCCUUUACUAGACAGAGCUAUAUAUAACGAGUUUCAUAUGCACAAUAAGAAAGUUUCGUGUAUAGCUUUGGCUUACGAUGAUCAAACCCUGAUUUCGGUGGCGGAAGACGCGUCAAUAUGCUUGUGGCGUCUCACAAACGCCGAAGGACGUGCCAUAGCUCUCGACAAAGAUUUCUCGUAUUCUAAAGAAAUAUUGAUUAGUAAAAAAGACCUUCAAGAAAAACUCAAUAGCAUCAAUCUGCUAAGCACCAGGAUGAGCGAACUGGAGACGGAGCACACGUACCAGCUGCGGCAGGCGGAGGCCACACAAGCGGAGAAGCUAAAGGAAGUGCACGAGGGCUACUGCGCGGCCAUCGAGGAGCUCAAGGAGAAGAACGAGCAAAUGGAAAACGAGCACACGCACGAGAUUGGCAUGAUCCAGCAAGACAUCGCGAAACUUCGUUCUGGACAUGAGCGCACGCUGCAGGCGCUAGAGGCUGACUUCAACAUCCGGCUCAUCAGCGAGUACGACCGCUACCAGAAUCUGGAAGAUAAAACAGCACGCAUGAGAAAAGAUUACGAAGAACGGUUGGAAGCUUUAGCUGAAAGUAAACGGCAGGCGCUCAGAGAGAUGACUACUAUGUUUGAAGCCAGGCUGGAGGAAAAGGAUAUGGUUUUUCUAGAGUUACAAGAACAAGCUGACAUGGAGAAAAAGGAACAUGAAACGAUAAAAUCCUCUAUAGAAGAGGACGCUGAUCGUGAGAUCAUUGAAAUCCGGACAGCGUAUGAAGUUCAACUGAAGGAAGAAAAAGACGCCAAUGUAAGGCUCAAGGGAGAGACGGGACUUAUGAAAAAGAAAUUGAUCAGUGCUAAUAAAGAAAUUGAUGAAUUCAAGCAUCAAGUAGCUCAGCUAAAAGCUGAACACAAGCAAUUCCAAAAAGUAAUUUCCACAUUAGAACGCGAUGUGGCUGACCUCAAAAAAGAAAUAUCAGAAAGAGACAACACAAUUCAAGAUAAAGAAAAACGAAUAUACGAAUUGAAGAGAAAAAAGCAAGAACUCGAAAAAUAUAAAUUUGUAUUGAACUUUAAAAUAACUGAGUUGAAAAAUCAGAUUGAGCCCAAACAAACAAUUAUAAGCGAAUUAAAAGUUCAAAUCGACGACAUGGAAAAUGAGGAAUUAAAGUUAUUAAAUGUAAAACAUGAUCUCGAUCUUAAAAUCAAUCAGUUGAAUGAGAAAUUACUUUCUGCUAAAAAGGACUUUUUGAGUGAAGCCAACAGAAAUAUGACGAUGAAAAAUACUCUGAAAAAGAUUAAAAUCGAUCUGCACAAUAUGACCGCUAAUUUCCAGGAUCCGGCAAAGCUGAAGCUAAACGUAAAAGCUCUAUUCCACAAGUACGUGGAAGACAUAGACUUCGUGCGCAGCCGCGUGGCCGAGGACGAGGCGAUCCGCGAGUUCAACCGGCAGCGCGACCACCUCGAGAAGCAGGUCGCCUCGCUCAAGCAGCAGCUGGCCAAGUCGCUCGGCGGCUCCAAGUCCGAUAUCGGGAAGAUAAUGGACGAGAACUGUACCCUGCUAACGGAGAUCAACAACCUGCGGUCGGAGCUGAAGUCGACGCGGACGCGCUGCUUCCAGAUGGAGUCGAUCCUGGGGCUGUCGGCGCGCUACGUGCCGCCCGCCGCCGCGCGCGCCAAGCUCAAGCACGUGACCGAGGACCGCGAGCGGCUCGACGAGAAGUUCAAGCAGAAGAUCGACGAAAGACAAGAAAUUAUCGCUGCUCUAAAAGAAGAAAACGAUCGAUUAUUGGGAAAAAUCAGAUGUAUAGAAGAGCCCGGAAACACUGCGGUACCCGGCGACGGCACAGGAGACGGCACCGGAGACACGCCGGACUGAACAGAUGCGAUGAUGUAACAAGAGAUCAUGUUGUGAAAAUAUUAAUUAAUCUUUUCGGAGUGUGUGUUUUAUUGAACAGUAGAAGCUUCUGAAGUUUGUACGUAAUAAUAGAGGCCUAAUUCGGUAAAGAUUGU